AAUUAGCCUUUUGCCUAAGUAACUAUCACUAUCCGAGAAUAUAAUUAAUUAAAUAUGGCUCCAGGAACUCUCACUGAGCUAGCCGGAGAGUCUAAGCUCAACUCUAAAUUCGUCCGGGACGAGGACGAACGUCCCAAGGUUGCCUACAACAAGUUUAGCAACGAGAUUCCGGUGAUCUCUCUCGCCGGAAUGGACGAUGUUGGUGGGAAAAGAGAAGAGAUAUGCCGUCAGAUCGUUGAGGCUUGCGAGAACUGGGGCAUUUUCCAGGUGGUCGAUCAUGGUGUCGAUACCAAUUUGGUGGCUGAUAUGACUCGUCUAGCUCGUGACUUCUUUGCUUUGCCUCCUCAAGAGAAACUUAGUUUCGACAUGUCUGGUGGUAAGAAAGGUGGCUUCAUCGUCUCUAGUCACCUUCAGGGGGAGGCUGUUCAAGAUUGGAGAGAGAUAGUGACGUACUUCUCGUACCCGGUGAGAAACAGAGACUACUCAAGGUGGCCAGACAAGCCGGAAGGGUGGGUGAAAGUGACGGAGGAGUACAGCGACAAACUGAUGGGUUUGGCUUGUAAGCUUCUUGAGGUUUUGUCUGAAGCUAUGGGGCUCGAGAAAGAAGCACUUACCAAUGCUUGCGUCGAUAUGGACCAAAAGAUCGUUGUGAACUAUUACCCUAAAUGCCCUCAGCCUGAUCUCACCCUCGGCCUCAAGCGUCACACUGAUCCUGGAACCAUCACUUUGCUUCUCCAAGACCAGGUCGGUGGGUUACAGGCCACACGCGACGGUGGGAAAACAUGGAUUACGGUUCAGCCUAUUGAAGGAGCUUUUGUCGUCAAUCUCGGCGACCACGGUCACUAUUUGAGCAACGGGAGGUUCAAGAACGCGGAUCAUCAGGCGGUGGUGAAUUCUAACUCGAGCAGGCUAUCUAUAGCGACAUUUCAGAAUCCAGCGCAGGAAGCAACCGUGUAUCCGCUUAAAGUGAGAGAUGGAGAGAAACCGAUCUUGGAGGAGCCAAUCACUUUUGCAGAGAUGUAUAAGAGAAAGAUGGGGAGAGAUCUUGAGCUAGCUCGCCUCAAGAAGCUGGCCAAAGAAGAACAAGACCAGAAGGAAGCAAAGCUGGCCAAAGAAGAACAAGACAACAAGGAAUCAAAGCUGGCCAAAGAAGAACAAGAUCACAAGGAAGCAAAGCUGGCCAGAGAAGAACAAGACAACAAAGAAGCUGCCACUUGUCUCAAGAAGCUGGUUAAAGAAGAACAAGACCACAAGGAUGAUGCCACUCGCCUCGAGAAGCUGGCUAAAGAAGAGCAAUACCGCAAGGAAGCUGUCAAGCCUCUGGAACAAAUCCUCGCUUAGAAUCCUUGUUGCUCCUUUUACUAGGAUUUGGUUUCGGUUUGGUUAUGUAAUUUUUUUUCCUUUAUAUUUUAUGGUCAGGUUUGUGUUACCAUUUCAAUCAAAUAGAAAUAAUUGAUAGAUCAAAUGAGGUACACAUCACAUGCCACUGUCACUGUCACUUGUACUCGCCGUGUCAAGUUUAAUGUCUGAAGCAUUUAUUAAUUAAAU